GAAGUUGUUGUCCCAAGCAAUGCGUACCGCAGUCGAGGACAAUAUUAGGCCUAGUUCAAUUUUCGCUCUCGGUAAUCAUAUGCGACUGAUUAAGGGUACCGCAAUCGUUCUCAACUGAAGAGAUGAACUGUGCCCUGAGGACUUUGGUGUUGAGUCGUGUUUUACCUACUUGUCAUUCAACAGCUACUGAUUUUUUUUCAACCAGUGCUUGUGCAUUGGGUUAUAAAAAGUAUAAAAGAAGAUGGGUUAACACUGAAAACUGGCCAAAAAAUAGAGUAACUGAUGAAACAUGGGCACCUAAUGUUCCAAUGGAACAGAAUAAUAAUCCCUGGUCACCUGAAAAUGCUUACUUCGGAACUUAUGACUUCAUGGAUAUUUUAGGAAACGAUGUUACAAUGGAACCUGCUUUAUUGUGUAAAGGCCCUUCUUAUCUUCGUGGUAAACGGUUGAUGGAGGUUCAAAUGUUAUUAAACAGGAGGAAGCAGUAUGGAGCAAGAAUGCAUGCAGAGGAUUUGAAUCAAACUGACAAACGUAUUAAAUAUUUAUUAACAGUUUACAAUCGAAGGAAGAAAAAUCAUGGUUGAAAAUGAAAUUGUUUU